CUGAAACAGAAACAAGUUCUAGAAGUUCAGAGAAAACCGCACGAUUGCGAGCGAAGAAGUUGAAAAGAAUCCGAUCGUCGGCGUCACGGCACUCUCCGAUUCCGAUUCACACUCCAUCUUUUUCCACCUACCACUUCAACGCAAAAUUCCAUUUCAAUUUUAAUUAUCGUGAGUAUUGGUGCAAUUGAAGAAUUGGUGCGUUGUUUUAGGGUUAAAAUGAGGUUUGUGCGUGUGCACUGAUGUCAUUGUUUUGGAUUGUGAUUCGUCAACUAGCAGAAAUUGAGGCAAUGGCGGCAUCCAAGAAAGUGAUAACAAGGGAAGAGUGGGAGAGGAAGCUUAAUAAUGUCAAUAUUAGGAAAGAAGACAUGAAUAAAUUGGUAAUGAAUUUCCUUGUCACCGAAGGUUUUGUUGAAGCUGCUGAGAAAUUCCGCAAGGAGUCUGGAACUGAGCCUGACAUUGAUCUUGCUACAAUCACUGAUCGGAUGGCUGUUAAGAAGGCAGUACAAAGUGGUAAUGUUGAAGAUGCAAUUGAGAAAGUCAAUGACUUAAAUCCUGAGAUACUGGACACAAACCCCCAAUUAUUUUUCCAUCUUCAACAGCAGCGGCUUAUAGAACUGAUCCGGAAUGGGAAAGUAGAAGAAGCUUUAGAGUUUGCACAGGAGGAGCUUGCCCCAAGGGGAGAGGAAAAUCAAAGCUUUUUGGAAGAAUUGGAGAGGACCGUUGCACUUCUUGCUUUUGAAGAUGUCUCUAACUGUCCUGUUGGAGAGCUUCUUGACAUAUCACAACGUCUAAAAACAGCAAGCGAGGUGAAUGCAGCUAUACUUACAAGCCAGAGUCAUGAAAAAGACCCAAAACUUCCAAGCUUGUUGAAGAUGUUGAUAUGGGCCCAAAACCAGCUGGAUGAGAAAGCUGCUUUUCCUCGCAUAAAUGAUCUAUCCACCGCUGCAUUAGAAGAUCCUGCUUAAAUACUCGUGACAUUUCAAUUUGAUGAUUUUAGGUUCUAGAUGAAGUGAUUGUGGUCAUUUAUGUUAAAAAUUGUGUAUUACUUUAAUGAAAAGAUGUUUAAUAACAUUGAUGUUCGUUUUCUCCUAGAUAGCUGUUGUAGUGGUUUUAUCCUGCUGUACAAAGAUUUUCAAUACAA